UUUUUUGUUCAGAAAUUUCUAGAACGUUAUUAGGCGGAGAAUAUAAACUUUCGAAUAUCGAUGUUGGGGACAAAUAAAAUCGGACUAGAGUUAGAAUAUCGUGUUAGUAUAUAGAUAGCUUAGCCUUAGAUGAACGAAACACCGGCAGGCAUUAGUGUAGAAACUUUGUAAAACAAGUUUAUGUAUUACGAAUCUUGUGAUUUAUUUUUUACAUCAAUAAAUCAGUAAUUCCGAUGAGGAUAUUACCUCGUUUUUUUAUCUAUGCUAACGAACUUUUGAAUUAUUCCAUCUUAUAUAAAAAAUUAUUAUCGAACAUGCAAUCCACUGAUUCAUUGAGAGAAUUAAAUGCCAAGCUCCUAGCUGAGAUCGCCAAACUUAGGAAAGAGAAUGCUGAGAUUCCUGAACUUAGAGAGAAGUUACUAAGAUUUGCUGAGGUUGAGGCUGAGAACGCGAAGCUGAGGCAAAUUAUUGAAGAGAAUGCAAGGCGUGAUUCUGAGAAUGCUGAACUCAAGUCUAGAGUCGGAGAGCUUGAGGCUAGACUUGCAUUAUUAGAACAGAGUUCAGCAGUGGAUGGGAUGGCGUUGUCAUUUGGUCAGACACAAAACGGUGAAGAAGCGAUACCAGUGGUGAUGGUACCAACUGUUGAUGUACCCGAUUCUGUGAUAGACCAACUCAGUAAUGAA